AAAAUAUUGAAAAACAAAAAACACAAGGGCGUCCAAGUUCUCUUCAUGUAAGAAAGUGGGUCCCACCUUCCUGUCUUUCUCACACUCUCUCUCUCUCCCUCUCUUCUAAAUACAACUCACCCUUUUCUCUCCCAAACGAAAACAACGGCGCUUUCUCUCUCUUAUAUUUUCCUUCAUACGUGGUUUUUUUCUUACUCUCACAACAACAACACACAACACACAACACACAACACAAACGCUAAUUCCCUCAAAAACCUUAAAAAAAAAAUAAAAGAUUCUCUGUCUCUGUUCACAAAAAAAAAAAACAACACCAUUUUUUCUUCAUCUUCUUGUGGCUUUUUCACUCUGAUUUUUUUUCUUCAUUCUUUUGUUUUUUGCUAUCAAAUUUAAGCUCUUGGAGCUUUUUCCAAUAAAGGGUCGCACCCGGUUUCGUGCUGCGGAAUCUUUUCAACAGUAAAAAUGGUAUUUUUAUUUAAUUCAUUUAUUGGGAUUUAGUGCCUAUUUUAGUUGUUCUUUUCCAAUGACAAGAAGGUGGGUGCAAUUUUUCUUAAUUUGUUGAUUAUAAAGUGAUGAACUUUGUUAUUGGGGUGUUUUGAUUUGAUGUUGAAGAAAUUGGAGAAGAUUUGAUGAAUGUGUUGUUGAUAAUGCAUUUUUCACAAGGCUUUGUUAAGAUCUGAUGUUACAAUAAGAGGCUUUAUUUAUUUUUUUCAGGUCAAGACUGGUAAAAAUUGAUUAAGACUGUUUUUGUUUUGUAACAUAGUUAUCCUGGGGUAUGACUAUGGCCCAAUAAUCUAUACAUGUAUUCUUAGAUGGAUUGAAGAAUAAUCAGCAGCAUAUUGGAUCAAUGGUAAAAGCAAUAGUAUCUUUGCUGUUGAUUUCAUCUAUUUUCUUAUGUGUAUCUGCAACAGAUAAUGGAUUUCCGAGAUGUAAUUGUGAUGACGAGACCAGUUUAUGGACUAUUGAGAGUAUUUUGGAGUGUCAAAGAGUUGGUGAUUUCUUGAUUGCUGUGGCCUACUUCUCAAUCCCUAUUGAACUUCUUUAUUUUGUCAGUUGCUCGAACGUCCCUUUCAAAUGGGUCCUUGUUCAGUUCAUUGCCUUCAUAGUUCUAUGUGGAUUGACACAUUUGUUGAAUGGUUGGACUUAUGGUCCUCACACUUUUCAGCUUAUGGUGGCACUUACCGUCUUUAAGAUUCUUACUGCCUUGGUGUCUUGUGCUACGGCGAUUACUCUUGUCACUUUGAUUCCUUUACUUCUUAAAGUGAAGGUUAGGGAAUUCAUGCUCAAGAAGAAGACGUGGGAUCUUGGACGGGAGGUUGGUCUUAUUAUGAAGCAAAAGGAGGCUGCAAUGCAUGUAAGAAUGCUUACUCAGGAGAUUCGUAAGUCACUCGAUAGACAUACAAUUCUGUAUACCACUUUGGUGGAGCUUUCUAAAACACUAGGCUUGCAAAAUUGUGCUGUGUGGAUGCCGAAUGAAGAAAAGACAGUGAUGAAUCUCACUCAUGAAUUGAACGGAAGGAAUUUAAAUUUUUCUAUACCAAUUACUGAUUCGGAUGUUGUAAAAAUCAAGGGAAGCAGUGGAGUGAAUGUACUUAGCUCUGACUCGGCCCUUGCUGUUUCCAGUUGUGGAGUUUCUGUUGAUGCAGGACCGGUUGCUGCGAUCCGAAUGCCAAUGUUACGUGUUUGUAAUUUCAAAGGAGGAACUCCUGAGUUAACUCAGGCGUGUUAUGCAAUAUUGGUCUUGAUUCUUCCUGCCGGCGAGCCUAGAUCUUGGAGCAAUCAGGAGCUGGAGAUAAUAAAGGUGGUUGCUGAUCAGGUUGCCGUGGCUCUAUCCCAUGCUGCAAUUCUUGAAGAGUCUCAACUUAUGAGAGAAAAGUUGGAAGAGCGCAAUCGAGCUUUGCAACAGGCAAGAAGGAAUGCUAUGAUGGCAAAUCAGGCAAGAAACUCGUUUCAGAAAGUCAUGAGUGAUGGUAUGAGGAGGCCUAUGCACUCAAUUUUAGGAUUGCUUUCAAUGGUACAAGACGAUAACUUAAAGAAUGAACAGAAACUUAUUGUGGAUGCAAUGCUAAGGACGAGCAAUGUCCUAUCGAACUUGAUAAAUGAUGCCAUGGACAGCUCGGCAAAGGAUGAUGGAAGAUUUCCUUUGGAGAUAAGGUCUUUUGGGUUACAUUCCAUGAUAAAAGAAGCAGCUUGCCUCGCCAAAUGCAUGUGUGUUUAUAAGGGCUUGGGUUUCAUGGUCGAGGUUGACAAAUCUUUACCGAACAAUGUUAUGGGUGAUGAGAGGAGGGUUUUUCAGGUGAUUUUACAUAUGGUUGGGAAUCUCCUGGAUUGCAAUCAUGGGGAAGGAGGGAUCCUUGUGUUCCGGGUUUCGGCAGAUACCGGUAGUCAAGGGAGGAAUGACAAAGGGUGGUCAACCUGGAGACCAAGCUCAUCAAGCGGUGAUGUAAAUAUUAGAUUUGAGAUAGGGAUCAACAGUAGCGAUGCUGAAGUUGGGAGCUCAGUUUCCUCAGGACUCGGGGGUAGGACAUAUACCAGUGAUAGGUACGAGGGCAGAUUGAGCUUUAGUAUUUGCAAGAGGAUAGUCCAGUUGAUGCAAGGAAACUUAUGGUUGGUACCAUAUACUCAUGGUAUUCCUCAAAGCAUGACACUUCUUCUUCGGUUUCAACUACGGCCAUCCAUUGCAAUAGCCAUCUCCGAACCCGGAGAAUCAUCAGAACGCAACUAUUCCAAUUCAAUGUUGAGAGGUCUGCAAGUUCUGUUAGUUGACAACGACUAUGUAAAUAGAGCAGUAACACAAAAACUGCUUCAGAAACUCGGUUGUUCUGUGACAUCUGCUUCUUCGGGAUUCGAAUGUCUUACUAUCAUUGGACCUGUUGGAUCUUCCGUUCAAGUCAUUCUUUUGGAUCUCCAAAUGCCUGAUAUAGACGGAUUCGAAGUUGCCGCAAGGAUUCGGAAGUUUAAAAGUGGAAAUAGGCCUAUCAUUAUUGCAUUAACCGCAAGCGCGGAAGAAGAUUUGUGGGAAAGAUGUAUGCAGAUUGGUGUUAACGGAGUAAUCCGAAAACCGGUUUUGUUGCAAGGAAUUGCUAGUGAACUCAGAAGAAUUCUGAUGCAAGGGAAUAUAUAGUGUCACUGUCAUGUGAAAAAAUGGAUGGUGCAAAUUAAAAUCAAACACUACAGCAUCUAGUAAUUAAAGUUAUUUAAAGUAUCACAUUCUUGUUCUUGGUAGAAAAUUAUAGAACACAGUACUCUUUGGCUCUACUUUGCUGCCAAUUUUCCACGUAGAGAUAUCAAUGUCAUACAUAAGAAGAAAAAAAAAAUGUUACACA